UCCAGAGCAGCGGCGGCGGCAGGCAGAGAGCGAGCGCCGGAUCUUCCCAAGGGGAGGCAUCGCCCCGGCAGUUGGUUUUCCUCCACCUUCCUAAUUGCGGCCCCAGCAUUCCAGCCCAGGGACACCAUGGACAGAUGAUCUUGGCUCUGCGCCGCCAUGCUACAAAUGCGUGGCCGCUACCUGCUGCUCUUCCUGGGGGUGCAGCUGGUGGUGAUGGCCCUGCUGUACCGCGAGGGCUACCGGAAACGCGUUGCUUAUUUCUUAGGCAUUUUUUGCAAAGGGGGCACAUUGACUAUGCUGAGCGGCUUCCCCAACGCGUCACUGCCGGGGGAUGUCUACGCCAACCUCAGCCUGAUUGCUCGGCCUCCUCUGCCCCCCGAGGAACUUCCCUACUGCCCCGAAGUCUCUCCUUUUCUUGGAGGGCCCAUUCGAGUGACGCUUCCCUUGGGAUUGACGCUUGAAGGUAUCCUACGGAGGAAUCCCUAUGUAACGAAAGGGGGGCGUUACCGUCCCCCCGACUGUGACGCCACUCACAAAACAGCUGUCAUCAUUCCCCACCGUAAUCGGGAGCAACACCUCAAGUACCUGCUGUAUUAUUUGCACCCUUUCCUGCAACGACAGCAGCUCAGCUAUGGCAUCUAUAUCAUCCAUCAGACUGAAAGUUAUACUUUUAAUCGGGCCAAGCUUUUGAAUGUGGGCUUCAAGGAAGCGAUGAAAGACGAGGAUUGGGACUGCAUAUUCUUCCACGAUGUAGAUCUCAUUCCGGAGGAUGAUCGAAAUAUUUAUACGUGCGAUCAAUUUCCGAAACAUGUGGCUGUUGCCAUGGACAAGUUUGGCUACAAGCUUCCCUACAAGACGUAUUUUGGAGGGGUUUCGGCACUUAGUCCAGAGCAAUAUAUGAAGAUGAACGGAUUUCCUAACAACUACUGGGGCUGGGGUGGUGAAGAUGAUGACAUCGCCGUCAGGGUAGCCCUAAGUGGAAUGGUGAUCUCUCGCCCGUCUAUUCAGUAUGGCCGUUAUCGCAUGAUCAAACAUGGACACGACAAGGGCAAUGAACAGAAUCCCAAGAGAUUUAACUUGCUGGCCAAGACGAGGAGAACCUGGAAACAAGACGGCAUGAACACCCUGGAGUAUCAGCUGCUCUCCAAGGAACUCCACCCUCUCUACACCAACAUCACUGUGUUCAUUGGGACUGAGAAGGGCAUGCGGCACACCACAUGAUGCAUAUCCGACAAGAGUGGCACGGGGACAGGAGCCCCACCCCGUCACUGCUUCCGGAAGGACGAAACCAAAGAUUCCAGCGAGGAAUAUCUUGCCCAGAGUUGAGUGGCUGUAUCAUAUUCUGACUGCCGAGUCCAGCCAGGGUGCAAAUGAGGAUUUUACACAGCCCCACCCACCCCACCCCUUUACCCCAGGUUUGGGCCUUUUUAACCCUGGGGAUCGAGGUGGGUUCUGACCUUUUCCUGGGAUGCCUUCUGAACCUUGGCUGGAGGAGCGGCGCUGAAGUCACGCGGGGCUCCCUUAAGCAAUCCGAAUUUUCAGAGCUGUUGUGCCAGAGUUGGCUUUUUUCUUAUUAAAGUGCAAUUUAUUUUAAACGUAA